AUGGAAAGCCUGAAUUCACAACUCCAAUCAGCAAGCUCAGAAAAUAACCUGGACAACCUAGAGACCUACUCUAACUACGAAGAGUCUCUCCCAUCGCCCCUAGGAACCCCCUCUCGCCAGGGGCGUCUCGUCAAGCCCAAGCCCAGCAUGAGUUGCAGACGCAAGCGUGAGUUCAUCUCUGAUGAAAAGAAGGAUGCCUCCUACUGGGAGAAGCGCCGUAAGAACAACGAGGCGGCCAAACGCUCCAGGGAGAAGCGCCGACUGAACGACAUGGUAUUGGAGAACCGCGUCAUGGUGCUGAAUGAUGAGAACUGCCGCCUGAAGACGGAGCUGCUGCAGCUGAAGCUGCGCUUUGGCCUUAUCAGCACUGCCUCCUACAUGGAGAAGAGCCAGCAGCUCACUAGUGGAGUCAACAAUGGAGGCAAUGCGGGAUCCUCCACAUCCUCCUCCAACUACUACUCCAGCGGCUACUCCAGCAGCUCCCAGGUGAUGAUGAACUCUGACUCCUCUGAGACUGAGCAGUCAGGCAGCGGGGGGGGACAUAGUCAACUGGUGACGUACUCCCCGCAUGGGUCCCUCUCAGACAUGUCAGACAGGUCCUCCCGGGACAGCCCAGAGCCUACGGUCUACGAGAUCAAGCAGGAGGAAAGCAGCCUGGAGAUGGACAUUGGAAGCAGCAUGUUCAACGUCCACCAUAGCCUGUCCUCCACACAUCACCAGGAGGAGAUGGCGUCGGUCUACCGCAGCCAACAGCACCACUCCCACUCCUACCACCACCAGGAGAGCAUCACCAGCCAGACCAGUCAGGCCCCUCCACCCACCCAACAGAGGAGUGUCAUCCUCUACCGCUCCAGUAGUGCCUCCUACCCUGUGGAGAGCCAAAGGCAGCAGGACAUGGAUCAACAGACAGCCCAACAGCAGAGUGCUCAGGCCAGCCGUCUGGCCCAGGCUCGAGUGUGCCACACAGAGAGCUCAGAGAGACUGGCAGAGGUGACCAAGCAGAUGGAGAGGAAGACGUUAGACUCCCCUCCGUACCACUACUCAGACUGCCACAGCGAGGCAGGAGAGAGGCAGGUGUACAGAGCUCUGCAACAGGAGCAAAAGACCCAGAGGGGCCUCACUCCAGACAUCCUCCAAAAACAGGAGGCCAUCACGUCCCACAACCAGGCUAGUCACUGCUACCUCAGCGCCCAGGACGAGGAGCCCCCCAUACUGACCUAUGAGGGCGGGGCCAGGAAUGAGGGGUACUACCAGGAACACUCAACCUCAGGCAAAGACACCUCCUCUAGUGACAAUGACCCCCGCAGCUCUGACAAGGAGGCCUCCACGGACGACGAGUCCCCGUCCUCCUCCAUCUCUGACACUGGGAGCUACCUCCAGCACCUGUGUGUCUCACACCAGCCAGGGUCCCCUAUGCCCUCCCCUCAGGGCUCCUCCCAAUGCCAAAACGGGGAUGCCCAGGCAGAGGUUAAGGGCACUGCCCUGCCCCACAAACUGCGUCUCAAACACAAAGCCAUGAGUUCCCAGCAGGACUCUCCACCCACCCCUCCUCCUUCCUCUAUCCUACCCCUUCCCCAGCACCCUUACCUGGCCCUCACGCAGCAGCAGAGCGGCAAAGAGAGGGAGAGUGAGAGCCAGCCCCCCACAGGGUUCUGUAAGCAGCAGUCCUCAGCUGAGUCAAGGAAGGAGAGUGGGAAAAAAGAGGAGUCAAGCGGACGCCGUAACAACAGACGAGACUAA